AUCAACUUUCUCGUAUCCCACAAAACACGCUUCAACAAUGCAAGCCGCCGAAGCCCCCAAAAGCCUCUUGGGCUACCAUCGCAUUCUCUCUCCCUCGGCCGGAGUGCGCGUCAGCCCACUAUGUCUCGGUGCCAUGAACUUCGGCGAAGCCUGGAAAGGUUUCAUGGGAGAAUGUAGUAAAGAGACAACAUUUGAGAUGUUGGAUUACUUUUAUGAGCAAGGCGGAAACUUCAUCGAUACCGCGAACACGUACCAGAAUGAAGAGAGUGAGUUGUGGCUGGGAGAGUGGAUGGAGUCGAGGGGAGUCAGAGAUGAGAUGAUCAUUGCUACGAAGUACACCUCCGGCUAUCGUCGCCACGCAGGAGGCAUCCAGAGCAACUAUACCGGCAACAACACCAAAUCCCUUCACGUCAGUGUCGAAGCGAGUUUGAAAAAGAUGAAAACCACCUACAUCGACGUCCUCUACGUCCACUGGUGGGACUUCACCGCUUCGGUCGAGGAAGUGAUGAAGUCGCUCAACACGAUUUGUGAUCAAGGCAAGGUCCUGUACUUGGGAGUCAGCGACACGCCUGCAUGGAUCGUGGCAAAAGCGAACCAGUGGGCGAGAGAUCACGGAUUGCGACAAUUCGUCGUCUAUCAAGGCCGCUGGUCUGCUGCGGAUCGCGACUUCGAGCGAGAGAUUAUUCCCAUGUGUGAGGCUGAGGGCAUGGGUCUUGCUCCGUGGGGCGCGUUGGGAGGUGGUGACUUCAAGACUGAAGAGCAGAAGAAGCUGCAAGAAGGUCGAAACAUGGGCGCGAUUGGUCGUCCGCCGAACCCGAGGAAUGCUGAAGUUGCCAAGGUGCUUGAGAAGGUUGCCAACAAGAAGGGCACGCUUAUCACCAGUGUUGCGCUGGCCUAUGUCAUGCAAAAGACACCCAACGUGUUCCCCAUCGUCGGCGGUCGAAAGAUCGAACAUCUAAAAGGCAACAUCGAGGCCUUGGGUCUCAAAUUGUCGCAAGAAGAUAUCGACGAGAUCGAAUCGGCGUAUCCGUUCUCCAUUGGCUUCCCGAUGAACAUGUUGUUCGGCAGCGAUACUCCGAAGAGUACCACUGGUGGAGAUGUCGUGCUGACCAAGAUGGCCGCACACAUCGAUGUGGUUCCGCGGCCAAAGCCUAUUGAGGCGCGUGAGAAGGCUUGAGCGGAACUAGAGUAACCGCAUGGUUGGUCGAGUCAAGACCUGCGUGGAUGAGAAUAGCGACCGUUGUGAGCUGCAAGUAUGACGACUUCGUUUACACUG